UUUGUCGACUAGAUUGACAGUUGGGAGUUGGGACAAGUGACUCUCACUCUCGUCCCACACUCAUUCUCUUUGAUCUCGUACUGCAUUCCGCUCUUUUCUCGCCGAAAACUCAGGCCACGGGCCAGAUGGAGGAUGAUACGCAACAUCCGGAGAUGAGAAUUGAGGAGGAAAUGGAGAGAGUGGUGGACCAAACAAAGGAAUUGCAAGAAGCAGCAAGAUCAUUGAUUUCCAAGUCAUCGAGGGAAGAGAAAGACCUUCAACAACGCGCUCGUUCACUUUAUACAUCCAUGGAUGAGCUUCGUUCCUCCAUCAUUUCCCUCACUUUUGAUGGCCACAUGGAUCAUAGGCUAGCUGAAAAGUUAGAGGAUGAAUUGAAUAGAGCAAAAUGCAUCCUUGUUGAUGGAGAUGCUUCAUAUUUUCUUGUUGGCAAAGUUGAGAGCUGGUUCUUGAAGAGGUUUCUUGGUCCCAUUAAUGUGCGAGCUAUUCGGAAGGAUGUGCAAUUGAAAGUCAAAGAGGAGUAUAAUAGUUACAAAGAUAGAACUACCUGGUUGUUUCUUCUUUUUCCAUCAAUACUACUGUUUCUUAGAUCUUGGAUGUGGGAUGGCUGCAUGCCUGCUUUUCCAGUUCAAUUGUACCAGGCAUGGCUUUUAUUCCUAUACGCAGGUUUAGCUUUGAGAGAGAACAUCUUGAUAGUGAAUGGGAGUGAUAUUCGUCCAUGGUGGAUAUAUCAUCAUUACUGUGCAAUGGUCAUGGCUCUUGUGAGCCUUACUUGGGAAAUAAAAGGUCAACCUGAUUGUGCUCAAAAGCAGAGAGGGGUAGAACUUUUCCUUCAAUGGGCUAUGAUGCAAGGAGUCGCAAUGUUAUUGCAAAAUCGAUAUCAACGGCAGAGGCUAUAUACUCGCAUUGCACUUGGAAAGGCAAAAAGAAUGGAUGUUGUGUGGGGAGAAACAGCUGGAGAGCGUGGCCAGCUUUGGCUGCUUUGUCCUAUGCUUUUCGUUUUGCAGGGUUUUGAGGCAUAUGUUGGAUUAUUGCUGCUUCAAACCACAGUUGUCGGAGUUGUCUCGGAAUGGCAGGUUGUUUUUUGUGGAAUUCUCCUGGUUUUGAUGGCACUUGGGAAUUUUGUAAACACAGUGCAAACUUUACUCGUCAAAUCUCGGUUCAAGGCGAAGAUGAAAAGGACCAAGAGUAAGCAGCAGUUAGAUUAGGGAAUAGGGAUGACUUGAAUAAAGGUGCACACUAAUGUUAACAUGAACCGAGUCCACACAAGUCAGAUUGUCAUAACUAUAGUUGUGCUCAUAUCCCUCCCAAACAUUUUCAGUAUCUUCUCUCUUAUCCUUCAUCGUUUUUCAUCUUCUCGCUUCUCUUCUCUCUCCUCCACCAUUUCUGCACGCCUCUCUUCUCUCAUCCUUCACGUUCUUCAUCUUCUCGACUCCACAACACCGUUUCGUUCGCCUUGCUAUCAACAUUCGUAAGGUCUUCGCCUUCAGCCUCGCCUCUCUUAGGUGUCGUCGGUGGGCAAAACAUGGUUGGUGGACUAGAGACCACCUUCCUCUACGUGGUCCUACUUCAAAACGCAUCACCUUGAAUUUAAAAGGCAAAUUUGAAAAAAAGGAAAUUAAUUAAAAAAAAUGAUAUAACUCCCAACAAUCCCGGCUGAUAACUCCCCAUGAAUUCCGGGAUACCGCUGGAACACCUACAAUUUUCUAUCUACUUUUGGUACCACAAAAUAUCUAUGACAUUUCUUCUGCAGAUUAAUGACUCUGAUGGAAUUUUGAAAAAAAGGAGCAAAAGAAAACAAAACAAAACAAAAUGGACACUCAACUUUUGCAAACAUUGAUAUAUUUUAUUUUAGUUUGACGUAUUAUUGACACUAAAUUUAGGAAGUAUUGGAUUAACUCACUUUUGCCAAAAAAAAUUACAUCAAUAAUGGUUGAUUGUGAAUUUGGAGAUGAUUCGGAUUGUCGUUUUAUAGCUUCGGAUGACAUUAACAAUGACGAAGAUAUAUUAGAUGGAAUCCACAUAAAAGGAGAAAAUAUUUUUAUAUUAUUUCAUUGCUCCCAUUUUUCCUAUUUUUUGUUAUUAUUUGUUAUAGAAAAUUAAAUGUGAUGACGUAGAAGAUGUAGUUUUGUUUGGUAUUUGUGUAUGUUCUUUUAAGAUUUUGAUAUAUUCAAUGUUAUUUUCUAUGUAAAUCUCAAUUUUUUUUGAUAAUUUAUGUAAAUAAGAAUAUAAGAUGUAAAAAAGAACAUAUGACUCAUGGAAUAAGAGCAUAAUAGUAACUUGUAAAUCAUCCAAUAAUAAUAUGAAGAUCAUAUUGCCAGUUUAAUUAUAAUAUGGUAUCGACUUGUAAAAAAGUAUUAUAUAGUUGUUUGGUAAAAGGUACAUAUGUAAUCAUUAUGAGAAAAAGAACGUAUGACUCAUGGAAUUAUAACAUCAUAGUAACUUAUAAAGAACAUAUAAUAAUAAUAUAAAGAACAUAUCACCGGUUCAAUUAGAAUAUGGCGUUGACUUAGAAAAAGAAAUUGUAUAAUUGAUUGAUAAAAGGUACAUAUGAAACCAUUAUGAAAAAAAUAACGUAUGAUUCAUGGAAUUAUAACAUUAUAGUAACUUAUACAGAACAUAUAAUAAGAUUAUAAAGAACAUAUUGUCAGUUCAAUUAGAAUAUGGUAUUGACUUGGAAAAAAAAUUGUAUGAUUGAUUGAUAAAAUAAAACAUGAAACCAUUAUGAAAAAAAGAACAUAUGACCAUGAAAAUAGAGCAUGAUAGUAAUUUAUAAAGAACAUAUAAUAAUAAUAUAAAGAACAUAUUGCCAGUUCAAUUAGAGAUUUUUAUACUUCCUCCGUUUUUUUUAGAUGUUACACUUUCUAUUUUAGGAAGUUUUAAAUUAGAUGUUACACUUUUAUUUUGGGUAAUAACUCUUCUCUAUCUCUCUCCUAUCACAUGUUCACAUGGAGUCCUUUUGUUUUUCAUUCUCUCUAUCUCUCUCCUCUCCAAAAAUUACCUAGGAGUCCGUGAUUUGAAAAGUGUAACAUCUAAUAAAAAAUGGAGGAAGUAUUGUCUUUCUUUAAACAUCAGUUUAUAUUAUCUAAUUUGUACAAUCUAUGGAGUAAAUAUCUCGUUUUCCCCUCAAAAAAAAAAAAAUCUGAAUGAUUUGAAAAGUAGUAGAUAAUAGUUAUCUUAAUAUCCUCAUGUGUCAGUUAGCCAAAUUACUUGGCGACAAUUUGUGGAGGAAGUGAUUAUUACUUUUCUCUUUUUUUAAAUAAUGAAAGCUAUUUGAAAUUAGAUUUUGAGCGAGUCAAGGGCAGCAUUUUGUUACUUGUGGUGUGCGUUUUAUUCCAAGAGCACGUAGCUCUUUGUGGUCUCGAGUGCACGUAGAAAAUUGCGAUAGUUCAUUUCUUCAACAAGUUUAGUAAUGAGCAUAACAACCCUGUUGUUCCGAUGGAGAGAAGAACUUAUGAUUAGCUUUUCGGGAAAUUUCCAAACGAACAAUUUCAACGAAAUCUUUCAAUUUCUUAUUUUACUAUGUUCAACUCUAUGUAUUCCUCCAUCUGUAGAGUACAUUGAAUGCUCAGAAAUGGUAAACAAAAUUUCAGAUUUAAUUUCGUAGAACUGAAAUUUCUAAUUGAACUAUUUUUUGAUUGUUGUUGUGGUGGUGGAUUUUUAUGACCUUUUACGAAGAACUGAAAUUUUGAUUGAAGAUGGAAUACGACUGAAAUUUCGAUUGAAGAUGGAGUACGACCGAAAUUUCGAUUGAAAUUACGAAGAACAGAGGCGGCGAAGGUGUGCAACGGGUAUUUCAAAUCUUCCACCGACUGCAAUUUUGUACGUGCACUCGAGACCACAAAGAGCUACGUGCUCUUAGAACAAAAUGCACACCACAAGUAACAAAACACUGCCCUUGACUCGCUCAAAAUCCAAUUUCAAAUAGUUUUCAUUAUUUAAAAAAAGAGAAAAGUAAUAAUCAAUUCCUUCACAAAUUGUCGCCAAGUAAUUUUGCUAACUGACACAUGGGGUUAUUAAGAUAACUAUUAUCUACUACUUUUCAAAUCAUUCAGAUUUUUUUUUGAGGGGAAAGCGAGAUAUGUUACUCCAUAGAUUGUACAAAUGAGAUAAUAUAAACCGAUUUUUAAAAAAAGAUAAUAUAAAAAUUUCUAAUUGAACUGACAAUAUGUUCUUUAUAUUAUUAUUAUAUGUUCUUUAUAAAUUACUAUCAUGCUCUCUUUUCAUGGUCAUAUGUUCUUUUUUUCAUAAUGGUUUCAUGUUUUAUUUUAUCAAUCAAUCAUACAAUUUUUUUUUCCAAGUCAAUACCAUAUUCUAAUGAACUGACAAUAUGUUCUUUAUAAUCUUAUUAUAUGUUCUGUAUAAGUUACUAUAAUGUUAUAAUUCCAUGAAUCAUACGUUAUUUUUUUUCCAUAUUGGUUUCAUAUGUACCUUUUAUCAAUCAAUUAUACAAUUUAUUUUUCCAAGUCAACACCAUAUUCUAAUUGAACCGGCGAUAUGUUCUUUAUAUUAUAUUAUUAUAUGUUCUUUAUAAGUUACUAUGAUGUUAUAAUUCCAUGAGUCAUACAUUCUUUUUCUCAUAAUGAUUACAUAUGUACCUUUUACCAAACAACUAUAUAAUGCUUUUUUACAAGUCGAUACCAUAUUAUAAUCGAACUGGCAAUAUGAUCUUCAUAUUAUUAUUGGAUGAUUCAGAAGUUACUAUUAUGCUCUUAUUCCAUGAGUCAUAUGUUCUUUUUUACAUUUCUAUUCUUAUUUACAUAAAUUAUAAAAAAAAAUUGAGAUUUACACAGAAAAUAACAUUGAAUAUAUCAAAAUCUUAAAAGAACAUACACAAACACCAAACAAAACUACAUCUUCUAUGUCAUCACAUUUAAUUUUCUAUAACAAAUAAUAACAAAAAAUAGGAAAAAUGGGAGCAAUGAAAUAAUAUAAAAAUAUCUUCUCCUUUUAUGUGGAUUCCAUCCAAUAUAUCUUCAUCAUUGUUAAUGUCAUCCGAAGCUAUAAAACGACAAUCCGAAUCAUCUCGAAAUUCACAAUCAACCAUUAUUGAUGUAAUUUUUUUUUGGCAAAAGUGCGUUAAUCCAAUACUUCUUAAAUUUAGUGUCAAUAAUACGUCAAACUAAAAUAAAAGAUAUCAAUGUUUGCAAAAAUUUAGUGUCCAUUUUGUUUUGUUUUGUUUUCUUUUGCUCCUUUUUUUCAAAAUUCCAUCAGUCAUUAGUCUGCAAAAGAAAUGUCAUAGAUAUUUUGUGGUAUCAAAAGUAGAUAGAAAAUUACGGGUGUUCCAGCGGUAUCCCGGAAUUCAUGGGGAUUUAUCGGUCGGGAUUGUUGGGAGUUAUAUCAAUUUUUUUAAAUUAAUUUCCUUUUUUUUCAAAUUUUCCUUUUAAAUUCAAGGUGAUGCGUUUUGAAGUAGGACCACGUAGAGGAAGGUGGUCUCUAGUCCACCAUCCAUGGUUUGUCAUCUUUCUUUUUCCCUUGUAUUUUCUUCUAAUUGUAUUAUACUUGUCCAAAAGAAAAAAUUCAGGUUUCUAGUUAAAGUUAAUUCAGGUUUCAAGUUUUAUCUUUCUAAUUUCCUUAUAUUUUUUUCAUUCGUUUAUGAAGGGAAUUUAUUUUUAGAUGUAGGAAUUUUCCCCCCUUAUUUGUAUAAAUAUGUUAGUAUUGUUGAUGUAAUAAAUUAAUUACUUAAUUCGAAUUUAGUUGUAUUUACUA